AUGACUGCCAUUUCAAUAUCAAUAAUAUCAUAUGUCCUAGGACGGAUCAUCUACAAUCUCUACCUCCAUCCGCUCAGCAGAUAUCCAGGUCCAAGACUGGCGGCUAUAUCCAGCUUGUACUACAUCUACUGGACGAACAACGGACAGCUGCAUACCAAACUCAAAGACCUGUAUGAUCAAUACGGCGACGUUGUCCGAAUCGAGCCCUCCUCACUCGUAUACAGGAGCGCACAACCAUGGAAAGACAUUUACGGGCACCGAAAAUCUUUUGUCAAAGAUGACAAGUUCUUCACCUCGAGUCCUAAUGGUCCGAAUAUCCAAACAACUUUCGACGAUGCAGGGCAUGCGAGGCAGAGGCGUCUGUUAUUGCACUCAUUUCCCGAAAGGGCGUUAAGAGAGCAAGAGUCGAUUAUCCAGUCGUACAUUGCCAUGCUCAUGCAAAGGCUCUAUGAGGAAGUCGCGUCGUACUGUGAGGCGGUCGAUAUAUCUAGAUGGCUUACUUACACGACCUUUGAUAUCAUUGGUGACCUGGCAUUCGGGGAAUCAUUCGAUUGUCUCCGUGAUAGCGACUAUCAUCCGUGUCGCAACGUUCUGGUCUAUCCACUGUUCGCAUUCCUGAUAGCCUGGAUUAUCCCUAAAAGUAUGAAAGCAAAAAGUGAUCAGUACUACCAAAUGAGCAAGGACAAAGUGAACCGCCGUCUUGCGACCAAGACCAACAGACCGGAUUUUACCUCCGAAACGACAAGCACCGCGCUCUCGGGAUGUAUCUAUUAUCUCCUAACCAACUCCGAUGUAUACCACCAGCUGGUGAAUGGAAUCAGAGAGACCUUCCGCUCACAAGACGACAUCACCAUCCUGUCUUCUGCAAAGAUCCCGUAUCUAUACUGUGUUCUGGAGGAGACACUCCGUUUGUAUUCACCAGUCCCGGGUAUAAUUCCCCAACGAGUUCCCAAGGGUGGUGCCAUUAUCGACGGCAAUUUUGUCCCAGAAGGGGUAUCUGUGUCAGUAGCUUUUUACUCUGCCUUCCGAGCACGCUCCAACUUCACGGAAGCCGAAUCCUUCAUCCCGGAACGGUGGCUCGAUAACGAAGAUCCCAAAUUCGCGUCCGACAAUAGGGACGCAUUCCAACCAUUCUCCUACGGACCUCGGAACUGUCUUGGAAAGAACAUGGCUUACGCCGAAAUGCGCGUUAUUCUGGCGAAACUUUUGUGGAACUUUGACAUGGAACUUAGGGACGAGUGUCGUGAUUGGUCGAAUCAGCUUUCGUAUAGUCUCUGGCAGAAGACGCCGCUGAUGGCGACGUUGAACCCGGUGGAGUGCUGA